UCCCUCCUCCGCCUCCUCCCAGCUCCCUUGCAGCCAUGGCGGCGGCGGGCUUCGUGCGGGCGGCCGACUGGCGGCGCCGGGCCCUGCGGGGCCUGCAAGACCCAAAAUGGAUUUGGACUCCAAGAGCCACAAAAUAUACUUCUGCAACAGGACAAAGCACCAUUGAGAAGAUCCUGGUUGCCAAUCGUGGCGAAAUUGCAUGCAGGGUUAUGCGAACGGCCAAGAAGCUGGGGGUGAAAUCUGUGGCGGUCUACAGUGAUGCUGACAGGAAUUCGAUGCACGUUGCAAUGGCAGAUGAAGCAUACGCCAUCGGCCCUGCGCCUUCCCAACAGAGUUAUUUGGCUAUGGAGAAGAUAAUGCAAGUGGCCAAGAAGUCAGCUGCCCAGGCGAUUCAUCCAGGCUACGGCUUCCUGUCUGAAAACACAGAGUUUGCAGAACUCUGCAGUCAAGAAGGAAUCAUCUUUAUAGGCCCACCUUCAUCUGCCAUUAGAGACAUGGGCAUUAAGAGCACUUCCAAGGCCAUCAUGGCUGCCGCUGGGGUUCCGGUCGUGGAAGGUUAUCACGGGGAAGACCAGUCCGACACCUGCUUGAAGGAACAUGCCAGAAGAAUAGGGUAUCCCGUAAUGAUCAAAGCAGUUCGUGGUGGUGGAGGAAAGGGCAUGAGAAUCGCUUUCUCCGAAAAAGAGUUUCAGGAGCAGUUGGAAUCGGCCCGGAGAGAAGCAAAGAAGUCUUUCAACGAUGACGCCAUGUUGAUAGAGAAAUUUGUUGAUAAUCCAAGGCAUGUGGAAGUUCAGGUGUUCGGCGAUCAGCACGGCAAUGCAGUCUACUUGUUUGAAAGAGACUGUAGCGUACAGAGAAGACACCAGAAGAUCAUUGAGGAAGCUCCAGGGCCAGGAAUUAAACUUGAUGUGAGAAGAAAACUCGGAGAGGCGGCUGUCAAGGCUGCUAAAGCUGUGAAUUACGUUGGGGCAGGCACGGUAGAAUUCAUCAUGGAUAGCGAGCACAACUUCUACUUCAUGGAGAUGAACACUCGGCUGCAAGUGGAGCAUCCAGUCACAGAGAUGAUCACGGGGACUGACCUGGUGGAGUGGCAAUUGAGGGUUGCUGCAGGAGAGGAACUCCCUUUGACUCAGGAAGAGAUCUCAUUCAAGGGACAUGCGUUCGAAGCCCGGAUCUAUGCUGAAGAUCCCAACAACAACUUCAUGCCAGGCGCUGGUCCUUUGUUGCAUGUGUCCACGCCGCUUGCCGACAGCUGCACCCGCAUAGAAACUGGGGUAAGACAAGGAGAUGAGGUUUCCAUACACUACGACCCUAUGAUCGCUAAAUUAGUAGUUUGGGCAGAGGAUCGUCGAGCAGCCUUGAGGAAGUUAAGAUACUGCCUUCGACAGUACAAUAUUGUAGGGCUGAGCACCAACAUUGAUUUCUUACUGAGUCUCUCAGGCCACCCGGAGUUUGAGGCUGGGAACGUUCAUACCAGCUUCAUCCCUCAACACUACAAGGAGCUCUUCCCGCCCAAGGAGGCCGUCUCUAAAGUGGCCCUGUGUCAGGCAGCCUUCGGGCUCCUGCUGAGAGAGAAGGUGGCAACGGAUGCUUUUGGAGUGCGCUCCGGAGAUAAGUUCUCACCAUUUGCAUCCAGCAGCGGCAGGAGACUAAACAUGCCCUUCGUUAGGAACCUGAUUCUUCGAGAUGGUGAAAACGAUGUGAAUGUAGCUAUAACCUACAAUCACGAUGGGUCAUACCACAUGCAGAUCCAGGAUCAGUCUUUCCACGUUUGGGGGGACCUUUCAGGCGAGAGCGACUUGGAAUGCAUAAGAUGCUCGGUGAACGGAGUCGUUCAUCAAUCCAAGAUGGUCGUCGCAGAUGAUGCCGUUUACCUCUUCACGCUGGAAGGCAGAGAGCAGAUUGGGCUCCCAGUACCAAAAUACUUAUCUGGAGUGAGUGCAGCCGGAGAUCCGGGUGGGGCUGUGGCCCCUAUGACGGGGACCAUAGAAAAGGUGUUUGUGAAAGCCGGCGAUAAAGUCCAAGUUGGGGAUCCACUGGUUGUGAUGAUAGCUAUGAAAAUGGAGCACACUAUCCGGGCCUCGAAAGCUGGGAUAAUAAAGAAGGUUCAUUACCUGGAGGGAUCACAGGCCAGCAGACACGCUCCAUUGGUAGAGUUAGUGGACGAAGACUCGGAAUCGGAAUAAUUCCCAGUGAAUCAAGGUGGUACAUGUUGAUUCGAUCUUUUCCCCCUCGCGAAAUCAUCUUAAGAUUUUUUUUUUAUUUAUUUGAUUACUAAUAAAAGCAUUUUCCUAUG